AUGUAUAUUAUCCCUUUCAUAUAUAUAUAUUUGUCUGUGCAUUUCAUUAUCUAUCUAUCUAUCUAUCUAUCUAUUUAUCUAUCUAUCUAUUUAUCUAUCUAUCUAUUUAUCUAUCUAUCUAUUUAUCUAUCUAUCUAUUUCCGUCAGUUACUAUCUGUCUAUGUAUCUAUCUUUCUCUUUCUUUGCCUUUUCCUCUCUUUGUAUCUCAUUCCCUACAUGACAACCCACCACCAUCCUUACUUCUGCAUUAUUAUUCGUAUAUAUCUAUCUAUCUAUCAAUCUAUCGCAGUUUCUUCUUCUCUGUCUCUCUAUCUCAGAUUAUUUAUAUCUAUCUAUCUAUCUAUCUAUCUAUCUAUCACCGUUUCUUCAUAUCUAUCUUUUCAUAAUCUCUCUAUCACAUAUUAUCCAUAUCUAUCUCUCUAUCUAUCUCUAUAUCUAUCUAUCUAUCUAUCUAUCUAUCUAUCUAUCUCAUUCUGUGCAUAUCUAUCUAUCUAUCUAUCUAUCUCAGUUUCUUCAUAUCUAUCUCUUUAUAUCAGAUUUUCCAUAUUUAUCUAUCUAUGCUAUUCUGUGCAUAUCUAUCUAUCUAUCUAUCUAUCUAUCUAUCUAUCUAUCUAUCUAUCUAUCUAUCUCAUUCUGUGCAUAUCUAUCUAUCUAUAUAUCUAUCUAUCUCAGUUUCUUCAUAUCUAUCUCUUUAUAUCAGAUUUUCCAUAUCUAUCUAUCUAUCUAUCUAUCUAUCUAUCUAUCUAUCUAUCUCAUUCUGUGCAUAUCUAUCUAUCUAUCUAUCUAUCUAUCUAUCUAUCUAUCUAUAUAUAUAUAUAUAUAUAUAUAUAUAUAUAUAUAUCAGUUUUUUCAUAUCCAACUCUCUAUCCUAGAUUAUCAAUAUCUAUCUAUCUAUCGCAGUUUCUUCAUAUCUAUCUCAGAUUAUUCAUAUCUAUCUAUCUAUCUAUCUAUCUAUCUAUCUAUCUCAGUUUUUUCAUAUCUAUCUCUCUAUCCCAGAUUAUCAAUAUCUAUCUAUCUGUCUAUCUAUCUAUCUAUCUAUCUAUCUAUCUAUCUAUCUAUCCCAUCAUGUUCAUUAUCUAUCUAUCUAUCUAUCUAUCUAUCUAUCUAUCUAUCUAUUGCAGUUUCUUCAUAUCUAUCUCUCUAUCCCAGAUUAUCUAUCUAUCUAUCUAUCUAUCUAUCUAUCUAUCUAUCUAUCUAUCUAUCUAUCUAUCUAUUGCAGUUUCUUCAUAUCUAUCUCUCUCUCUCAGAUUUUUCAUAUUUAUCUAUCUCUUUAUCUGCCUCUCUAUCUGA